UUAGAUCAAUUGAAGGAAGGCGGAGUCGUGGACGCACUCACUAUGCGCUGGUGGGAGUUGAAUACCGUCUGUACGGUCAACCAGUUGAACUAUCGUUCUCUGAACAUUGAAGCCCUGGAAGAAUUGUACAUCUUGGUCGCUGUGCUAGUCGGGAUCGGGGUGAUUUUGAUUUCAAGCGAGUGGUUUUGGGCCGGAGUGCUGUGGCCCCAGAUUCGACGCAGACGUGAGAAACGAGCGGCUCAGAGAGCCCGACGCGAGCGACGCAUUAGGCGUUCACAAGCCAUACAAGCACGAAAAUCGACCGCGGUCGAACUGGCAGACAACAGUGAAGCAGGGAAACCGGAAUAA